GGGUCCAGACAGGGCGCCACUGCGCUGCGCGGGAGUGGGCGGCGCGGCUGGCCCCCGGCUGCCCGGCAAGUUCAUGUUGACGGCCGAGCGCGCCCGACGUUUCCAAGGUGGCGACAGACAAGGUUGCCGGAAAGCUGAGCUCUACUCUCUCAUGGGUGAAGAACACAGUCUCGCACACAGUCAGUCAGAUGGCCAGUCAGGUGGCGAGUCCAUCUCCAUCACUGCAUACCACUUCUUCCUCCACCUCACUGUCCACACCAGCCCUUUCUCCAUCCUCUCCGUCUCAGCUGAGUCCAGAUGACCUUGAACUGCUGGCCAAACUGGAGGAACAAAAUAGGUUGAUAGAGACGGAUAGUAAGUCUUUAAGAUCAGUCAAUGGGUCGAGAAGAAACAGUGGCUCCUCCCUUGUGUCAAGUUCUUCUGCCUCUAGCAACCUCAGCCAUCUUGAAGAAGACUCCUGGAUCCUUUGGGGGAGAAUUGUUAAUGAAUGGGAAGAUGUGCGCAAAAAGAAGGAAAAGCAAGUUAAGGAGCUUGUUCGUAAAGGGAUACCGCAUCACUUUAGAGCCAUAGUUUGGCAACUUUUAUGCAGUGCACAAAGCAUGCCAAUUAAGGAUCAGUAUUCAGAGCUACUGAAAAUGACCUCACCUUGUGAAAAAUUGAUCCGAAGGGAUAUUGCUAGAACUUAUCCUGAACAUAAUUUUUUUAAGGAAAAGGAUAGCCUCGGACAAGAGGUUUUAUUUAAUGUAAUGAAGGCGUAUUCUUUAGUGGAUCGUGAAGUUGGUUACUGUCAAGGAAGUGCCUUUAUAGUUGGAUUGUUGCUAAUGCAGAUGCCAGAAGAAGAAGCUUUCUGUGUAUUUGUUAAAUUAAUGCAAGAUUAUAGACUUCGUGAACUUUUUAAGCCAAGUAUGGCAGAAUUGGGUCUUUGUAUGUACCAGUUUGAAUGCAUGAUACAGGAACAUCUUCCAGAACUCUUCGUACAUUUCCAAUCUCAAAGUUUUCAUACCUCAAUGUAUGCAUCAUCCUGGUUUCUGACUAUAUUUCUUACAACAUUUCCACUACCAAUUGCAACAAGGAUAUUUGAUAUCUUCAUGUCUGAAGGUUUAGAGAUAGUGUUUCGAGUAGGAUUAGCACUUCUUCAAAUGAAUCAGGCAGAAUUGAUGCAACUCGACAUGGAAGGGAUGUUACAACAUUUUCAGAAGGUCAUACCACAUCAGUUUGAUGGGGGUCCAGACAAAUUAAUCCAGGCAGCUUACCAAGUCAAGUAUAACUCGAAAAAAAUGAAAAAGCUUGAAAAGGAAUACACUACAAUAAAAACUAAAGAAAUGGAAGAGCAAGUUGAAAUUAAAAGGUUACGGACAGAAAAUAGACUUUUAAAACAACGCAUUGAAACCUUAGAAAAAGAAAGUGCUUCCUUGGCAGAUAGAUUAAUACAGGGACAAGUGACAAGAGCCCAGGAGGCUGAGGAAAACUACCUCAUAAAACGGGAGUUGGCCACCAUCAAACAGCAGAGUGAUGAGGCCAGUGCUAAACUGGAGCAUGCUGAGAGUACCAUCAGGAGGCUCCAGCACCAGCAACAAUGGCAUAGAUGCAGUUCCAACUACAAUGAAGAUUUUGUGCUGCAACUAGAGAAGGAAUUGGUCCAAGCCCGCUUGAGUGAAGCUGAGUCCCAAUGUGCACUAAAGGAGAUGCAGGACAAAGUUCUGGAUAUUGAGAAGAGAAACAAUUCUUUUCCUGAUGAGAAUAACAUCGCAAGGCUUCAAGAAGAACUCAUUGCUGUGAAAUUGAGAGAAGCAGAAGCUAUUAUGGGCUUGAAAGAAUUAAGACAACAAGUCAAGGAUUUAGAGGAACACUGGCAGCGUCACUUAGCUCGGACUUCUGGCAGAUGGAAAGAUCCACCCAAAAAGAAUGCUGUGAAUGAGUUACAAGAUGAACUCAUGACUAGUCGACUUCGAGAAGCUGAAACACAGGCAGAAAUAAAAGAAAUCAAGCAAAGGAUGAUGGAAGUGGAAACACAGAACCAGAUUAAUAGUAACCAUCUUCGAAGAGCAGAACAAGAAGUGGUCAGUCUGCAGGAGAAGGUGCAGUAUCUUUCUGUACAGAACAAAGGACUAUUGACUCAGUUAACUGAGGCAAAGCGAAAACAAGCAGAGAUUGAAUGCAAGAACAAGGAAGAAGUGAUGGCCGUAAGACUCCGGGAAGCAGACAGCAUCGCCGCUGUGGCAGAGCUACAGCAGCAUAUUGCUGAGCUUGAAAUCCAGAAAGAAGAAGGAAAGCUUCAAGGACAGCUUAAUAAGUCUGAUUCUAACCAGUAUAUUAGGGAACUGAAAGAUCAGAUAGCAGAGCUGAAUCAUGAGCUCAGAUGCCUGAAAGGUCAGAGGAGUUUUUCAGGCCAGCCCUCUCUUGAUGGAAUUCACAUUGUCAACCAUUUACUAGAUGAUGAACCAUUUCAUUCCUCUGAUGAAGAUUUUAUAGAUCAUUCCUUACAAGAAAGUGGCGUUGGUUUUCCCUUGAACAGAAAAUCUGCUCCCAUGACUUUGGACCCUGUGGUUGCUGAUGAUAGUGAAAGUGAACCAGAAGACAAUGUGCUGGAGGCCAGAAAGAGUGAUCGAGUGGCUCAAAAGGAGUGGCCUUCAAGAAGAGAGUCAUACUCAACCACUGUCUGACAUCACUGUGACCUAGACUGUGACUUGGUUUUUUUUCAAGGGAUCAAUCAUCAUGAUUAAGGGGGGUUGGAAGAUUCCUGUUUCAUAUGUAAAUAUAUAUAUGAAUAUACAUAUAUUUUACAAUUUUAUCUGCCUUUUUAUCUUUGCCAAAUCUUCACCACUGACUUAAUUAUUGCCAUAAAAGUAGGUCGGAAUAUGGUUAAUGGAGGGAAAAAUAAAGAUCUAACAGUA